UUACUUUGGUCACGCCAGCUAAUAUUGCACGAGACGCACGUCGUCAGGGACUGUAAGAGCCAAGUACUCAAUUAAAAUUGACUACCCGUCGGUUCUCAGUACUAUAAGAAUCGUUGGCCCAAGAACACGUUUUGAUAUUUGUGGCAGUAUCUGGAUCCUUGAAGAAAAAAAGAACUCGUUGCAGAAAACAAGGCAAUUAAAAAUGGCACUGCUUCAACUAGUAAGUCUAGAGGAGGAGCAGAAGCGAAAUCCUGAAUUAAAGAAAGCAGAUAUUCAAUCCUUAAGAGAAUGGUGCCAGAAGCAACCGCAUUUACCAAAUAUCACGGACAGCGAGUUGGCCCUUUUUUUACACAGUAAUUACUACAGCAUUGAAUCAACCAAAUCUACCAUUGACGUAUAUUACACCGUGCGAACGCACGUACCAGAAUUUUUCUCUAACAGAGAUCCAAUGGGACAAAAAGAAUUGCGACAUGCUUUUAACGUUGCGGUGCACACGUCUCUGGAUGGUACAACGAGAGACGGUCAUAAAAUCAUCUUUGGUAAACUAAUUGACUUAGAUCCGUCUCAUUACGUAUAUAAUGAUUGCAUGAAGUACUUCUGUAUGGUCCUUGAUCUGUGGAUGCUUGGGGAAGGAACUCUCCCUGGGCACAUAAUUCUUAUUGAUAUGGAGGGCGUCGUCUUCGGCCAUGCUGGUCGACUCAGUCCUAUGGGGUUGAAAAAGUUUCUUUACUAUCUUCAAGAAGGUCUUCCUGUUCGGCUCAAGGGAUUACACUUCAUGAACACUACUCCUGUGAUGGAUGUUAUCCUUGGUAUGAUGAAACCCUUCAUGAAAAAGAGUUUAAUGGAUAUGCUCUUCGUUCACUCCACGAAAGACAGUCUGGAAAAACACAUACCAUUAGAAAUAUUGCCCAAUGAACUUGGAGGAAAGGCUGGAAGUAUGAAGGACCUUCAUGCUGCCAGUAUUAAAAAAUUGGAGGAACAUCGAAGCUGGUUUCAGGACGAUGAAGCAAAUCAUCGCGUUAACGAAACUCUGAGACCUGGCAAGGCCAAGAACGUUACUGAUAUUUUUGGUGUGGAGGGAAGCUUCAAGAAACUUGAAAUUGAUUAACUCGUGAUUAAUUAAACUUUGUCGUCCUGAUCACACUUUAUGCUAUUGAAGCGUAUUAACGGAUCUAUGCAUUUUAAAUGGGUUUAACAGCUGUUUUUUUUUUAAGUAUAUUUUAUAAUAUUUACAACGUCUAUUAAAUAAUGCUAACACCUGUAGUGUAAAAUUAGAUAAAAAUGUUUGGAUAAAG